AUGAAAGUCACCAAAGAGGGCGGCGAAUUACCCGCUGUCCCCCACGGGCCGAGGCCCGGCUCUGGGGUGCGCAGGUGGGAGCGCCGUGCUCCAGCCCCGGGAGCCACUCGAGGCGGGGCGGCGCCGGACGGCCGGGCCCGGGGGCUCACCUCUGCCCCAGGUGGAGACGGCUGCCCGUUUCCGUCGCCCUCCCCGCCCGACGACGGGCCUGCUGCCCGGAGACCGAGCGCCCGGGGGUGGGGGCCAGCGACGAGGCUGUGGCGUGCGCGCACGGGCCGCGGGUCCCCGUCGCUGCUCCCUCCGAGGCCGGCGACCCGAUCAGGAUUGAGAAACGGAAGGAUCUGGCGGGAGAAGGGACGUGGGGCUGCCAGGCCCGCGCGGACGCCGAGGCGGGAGCCGCACCUCGCGCUUUCGGAGGAGAUGGGCGCCCUGGGGUGGAGGGGGCGCUUCCGAGGCCUUGCCCAGGGAGCUCACACUUCAGCGCGUCCCUACUCAACGGAUAGAGACCGAGGUGCCCAGGACGGAAGCGGCUCGCUGCGGUCCGCCGGGAGCGAGGAGCAGACCUCCCAGCGGCGCGGGGCCCCGGCGCCUCCUCCGCCCCUCUCGGGGCCGCCCACCCCGGCGCCCGCCCGCUGGUCCCCACCCGCCGGAGCGCUAGGCCAAUCGGGCGGGCGGGAGCCGGAACGUCGCUCCUCGGGUCCAGCCCCGCUCUAGAUAAGCCUGGAAUGUCAAAUAUUUGUUCGGGGGGCGGGGCCCGCCGGGGAGCGAGGCUGCCCCCUGGCGGCCGGGAGCGCGCGUGCGCCUGGCGGAGUCGGCCUUGGGUCCUCGGCCGCAAGCGCCUUGGCCCCGGCGGCUCUCCCGAGCCCCUCGGCCUGCAUCGCUCCCUGUCGGGCUCCCGUCGGGGCUCCAGCUUCCAGGGGACAGUCCUGGCGGCACCGCCUUGCCGGCGGAGCGCUCGAUCUCGACCUCAGCCUUCCCGGAGCCCCCGUCCAUUAAACCGUUAGGGCUUCACGCCAGGCCCUUCCCUAGGCUUCCUUCAGCGUGGGUCUCGAGGCCAGGGCCUCAGGGAAGCCACCUUCUUGAGGCGACCUCUCCGGUGUGGCACCUCUGGCCGUCCUGGCAGCGUGGGCAACUCCCUUGAACCUCCUGCGCGCCUGUCUGCCUGCCCCCAGCCCGCAUCACAAUUCCCGAUACUUAAAAAAAAAAAAAAAAAAAAAAGAUUUUAGGGAUCCCUGGGUGGCGCAGCGGUUUGGCGCCUGCCUUUGGCCCGGGGCGCGAUCCUGGAGACCCGGGAUCGAAUCCCACGUCGGGCUCCCGGUGCAUGGAGCCUGCUUCUCCCUCUGUCUGUGUCUCUGCCUCUCUCUCUCUCU